CGCUACCGUGGGACAUGAUGAAUAGUGCGUUGGAGAUGUAGCAGGAAUGGCGUCCCUCGAAAGUCCGGUCAGCUGCACGUUCACUUCAAGAUGCACAACUAAGGAAGCUGACAGAUAAAUUCUCAGCUGACUCUACAAGACACUCACAACAGGGAUUUUGAAGAGAAUGAAUUUCAAAAUGAUGCUUCGCCGCUCGCAGGAUACUAGAAGCUGCCCAGUUGCUAUAAUCACGCGUCUCGAUGUAAACAAGAGAGUGAAUGUUGACAACUGAAGUGCUGAGUAAGCUAGAGAGUGUCAUGCUACCGUAAGCCGGAGGUACGCUUAUACUGACGAAAAUAAAUCUUACGAAAAUGUCUUCAUACGCAGUUUAAAUGCGCUGGUGUUAUCGAGGAACGUUACAUUUUGCUAUCUGUUCGUGUGUUUAAUAAGCUUGUUACAAAAGUAGCCUUUUAGCAGGUUAGCCAGUCAGCUACUCUUCUGGGUGACGCCUGUUUUAAUGCAGGAUUUUCUAUCUGUCAAAUACCUGCCAAAUAACAUCUAUGGCUUGUAUCAUAAUAUUGAGAACAGGUUUAAAUUGUGUAUUUUAAAAGUCUUGUCUGCCAAAAAGAUGGAACCCCAGGACAAUAUUGAGGAGGAUGACACCGCAUCAUCAUCAUCAUCAUCAUCACCGCCACCGCGAUCUCUGCCCCGUCAGCGCGUGUCUCUGCAGAAAAACAGCGUGUGUUCUCGCUCAUACUUCAUGGUGGUGAUGGUUUUUUUCCACGUUUAUAUUAUCAGUGUCAUUGCACUUCUGCUCUAUGUUCAUUAUAAUAACGGCUCUAACGCGAUAAUGGCAAACCGGUAUUUUACAAGCAGAGACAGCAGUCAUAAAGUUACUGGACCGUCAGAUCCCCAGACCCUUGCAGACUCGGGCUUCCCUCGAAAUAUGUAUCUCCCUCGCAUUGAAGGAAUACGGGUGGGCCAUGUCCAAAAAGUGUCACUGGUGCCAGGGAAAGUCUAUGAAAUGAAGACACUCAGUCUAAAGCCCCUUCUGUUUGAGAUCCCUGAGUUUCUGUCAGAGGAGGAGUGUGGCGUAGUUGUGCAUCUGGCUCAGCUGAAGGGUUUGAUGGAGAGUCAGGUCAUGGUCCCUGAAGGUCAAGAGGAACUUAAUCAGCAGCUCAACCUCAGUCCAGAGGAAAUCUUCAAUUUUCUGGACCUCAACCAAGAUGGCCAGCUGCAACCACAUGAGAUAUUGACACACUCUCGAGUGAGAGAUGGAAUCUGGUUAACUUCUGAGAACCUUAAGGAAAUCUAUGAUGGCUUAAAGGUUGAUCAGGAUGGAAAUGGUCUCUUGAGUUUAGAGGAGUUCAGGCGUCUGAAAAGUGAUGCCUUUCAGCGUUUUCUGCUACAGCGUGGGGUGGAGAGGAGCCAGCUGGUGAGGAACAGCAGACACACCUGGCUCUACCAGGGACAGGGAGCACAUCAGGUUCUUCAAGACCUCCGCAAGAGAGUCACUAAUUUAACGCGACUACCAUCCUCACUGGUGGAGUUAAGUGAACCUCUACAAGUGGUGCGUUACGAGCAGGGUGGCCAUUACCACGCUCAUCAUGACAGUGGGCCAGUGUACCCUGAAACAACCUGCACACAUACUCGCCUCGCCGCCAAUACCACCUCCCCAUUCCAGACGUCCUGCAGGUACAUCACAGUUCUGUUUUACCUUAAUAAUGUAGAAGAAGGGGGGGAGACUACCUUUCCAGUGGCAGAUAAUAGGACUUAUGAAGAAGCGGUGUGUCCUAUUGAAUUAAACAUCUUUGCAUGUGUAUUUUCACUGAUACAGAACGAUGUGGAUCUGUUGGACACCAGGAAACAUUGUGAUAAAGGCAACCUGAGAGUGAAGCCCAUUAAGGGGACGGCAGUUUUCUGGUACAACUAUCUCUCUGAUGGUAGAGGUUGGGUUGGUGAACAGGAUGAGUAUUCUCUUCAUGGUGGCUGUGUGGUGACACAAGGGACUAAGUGGGUUGCCAAUAAUUGGAUCAAUGUCGAUCCAGAUUACCAGCGGCAGACACGCUACCAACAGUUUGUUUCUCAACAACAAGAGACACAAGAGCAAGAAGAACUCAUUUCAGAACUGAACUCAGACCAGCACGUAGAAAGACACCAAGACCUGUAAACGCAUACAUCCAGGUACAACAAUGCACAUAUAUACACAUUCACUUCUGUGUUGCAAUCUAUAUAUAGUCACCCACUUCCUCUUUCACAUAAACAUCCAGACACACAGUACAUUACCAGUAGAAAAUCACUAUACACACACUCGUGUCUCUGCAUCAAUUAUACACCCUGAAGCACUGACCUCAUACCAACAAACACAAAAAUACACUCGUACUUUGAACUGUAUGUUUGGUUCGCUCUUCCCUACAUGCACACUAAAGAAUUGUAGCCCUACCAACAUUUCCUCAUUUUCAGAAUUGAAUGAGCUUUACUCAACCUCCAGCGGUCCCAGUGUCAGAGCUGGAAUUUUUGUUGGGUUGGAUUCAGGGAUAAGCAGCCUGAGCAUUAUGCAAUUGUGAAAGACAAUGCUACUGUUCCUAAUGUAGAUAUUUGAAGGCAUUAUUAUUUAUUUUUUCAUGGGAAUGCAGCCAUAUUCGGCAACUUUGUUUACAUACAGAAUGACACUCUACUGUACUUUCCAAAGGCCGUACACACUGCAGAUAAUCGUUAAUGCAGUGAUAGUAAAUAGAAGUGCAUACGAGAUGUGUAGCUCUUCCCUGUACGUGUUUUGUCUUGCAGCAAAUAAACUGCUCUCAGUGCUAAAGCAACUUCA